AUGACGUCCAAAUCCGUAAAUAUAACAGGUUCAUCUUUUAAGACUAAACAUCAACCUGCCGUCCGUCCUCGUGGUCGACCACGCAAAACACCUCGUCCUUCAGCUCAGACACCUCCACAAUUGGGAAGCACAGAAUCGGACAACUCACUUCCGAAUUCCCCACCUCAUUUAUCCACGGUCUCCUCGUCCUCACCGAGUUCUGCUAGUAUAGCUCGUCGGAACACUUCGUUCUGUCCGUCUCCCGUGUCGUCAUCCAUACGUGCUGACUCCCCUGCCGCUCGGUCUAUAUCUGCAGGUAGCGAUGCACUCAGUACUAAUGCUAGUAUUGGCACUGCUCCAUUGGAGGCUUCUGCAUCCACUGGACCUACAACACCGACUGUUCCUGUCAAGUCUUCACCAACGAAUACGCAAAUCCCUACUACCCCUGCUAUUGCUGCUCCCACACCGUGUGAUAUCAUGUCCGACACCGAUUGUUCUGUGCUUGAGCAGUCAAUCGUUCCGGUGAAGGAUCCUUCUCCACCUCGUACAAUCAAACGAGGACGAGGAAGACCACCGAAAUCAUCAAGAGCUACACCACCGGGCUCAAAUACUAGUUCCGUCUCAUCCCUAUCUUCACAAAAACGAGCUUCCAAGCGUCCGCUAGGUCAGGUAACUGCUUUUUCAUGUCCCUGGGCCGAAUCCUCCGAUCGACCGAUGCGAAUGGAUCUGGGAGAUUGUCUGCCACGUGAUUCCCGACCGGAGUCCCGAUCACUUGGACCCGUUCAUCUUCCUAGUGUACUAAACCAAAUACUCACAGGCUAUCGGUCACGAUCUGCGUUUGGACCGGAAGUGGAUCUUAACAGUAACGCAGUUGUAAAUCGUGAAUCGAAUUCACGACAAAAACCGUAUGUGCCCUUGGUCGACCCGUUCAACGGUACGUUUUGA